UAUUUCCGGCUCAAAGAAUUUCUACAUCCGCUUUUUUUACGAGACGUGUUCUAGCUAGUGAGGGGGGAAAGAUGGCCGUAGAGAAGGCGAAUGAAGCGAAAACUCCAUCGAUGGAGGAAAACAAGGAGAACACCAUAGACGAGGGCCUUGCUCUGGAAAUCCUGCAGAUAAUAAAAGAUUCCCAGCAGCAGCAUGGACUCAGGCAUGGAGACUACCAGCGCUACAGGGGAUAUUGCUCCCGACGACUGCGACGUCUGCGCAAGACGCUGGGCUUCAGAAUGGGCAACCGGCACAAGUUCACGGGCAAAAAGGUGACCGUGGAGAUCCUGUCGGACAACCGAUAUCUGUUGCUGGUUGUGAUGGAAGCCGAGCGGGCGUGGAGUUACGCCAUGCAGCUGAAGCAGGAGGCCAACACCGAGCCACGGAAACGCUUCCACCUCCUCGCACGUCUCCGUAAAGCAGCCAAGCAUGGAGAGAAGCUGGAGAAGCUGUGCGAGAGCCAGCGUGUCGAUGCCAAGACCAAAUUAGAGGCCCAGGCGUACUCUGCUUACCUGACCGGCAUGGUCCAGUUUGAAAUGCAGGAGUGGAAAUCUGCAAUGGAGGCCUUCAACAAAUGCAAGACUAUCUACCUAAAGCUGGCGAGCGCCUUCACUGAGGAGCAGGCUGUACUAUACCAUCAGAGAGUAGAGGAGAUCUCGCCCAACAUCCGCUACUGUGCAUACAACAUCGGUGACCAGAAUGCUAUCAAUGACCUGAUGCAGAUGAGGCUCAAUGCCGGAGGAGGCGGAGGCAUGAUGGCUGAGAAGCUUGAGGCUCUGCUCACUCAGACGCGAGCAAAGCAGGCGGCCACCAUGAGUGAGGUGGAGUGGAGGGGUCGCACCGUUCCUGUUAAAAUCGAUAAAGCCCGGAUCUUUCUCCUUGGGCUGGCUGAUAACGAGGCUGCCAUCGCACAGGCAGCCAAUGACGAGACGAAAGAGCGCCUGUAUGAGACCCUGUUGGCCGAGUGCAGAGACACCAUCCAGGCCGUGAGAGAGGAGCUGCGCACUGACGUGAAGCAGAGAGAGAGAGCUGCGGACAGUGCAGAGAGCGGAAAGGUCUCCAACCUGCAAUACCUGCACAGCUACCUUACCUAUAUAAAGUUGUGGACGGUGGUGAAGAGGAAUGAGAGCAUGGCUCGGGCACUGCAGGCCAAACUGAAGGAGCCACAGACAGAUGAGAACAAGAGAGGACCACGACCCCAAGACCUGAUCCGGCUUUACGAUAUUAUUCUGCAGAGCCUGGCAGAGCUGUCUACUCUGCAGGGUUUGGAAGAGGAUCAUGCCUUCCAGAAAGAGGUGGCCCUUAAGACACUGGUCUACAAGGCUUACAGGUGCUUCUUCAUCGCCCAGUCAUACGUGGUGGUAAAGAAGUGGAGCGAGGCGUUGGUUCUGUACGAAAGAGUGCUGAAAUACGCCAAAGAGGUCCAGUCCAAGGCCAAAAAUCUCAAUAACAGCCUCAAGGAUCUUCCGGAUGUUCAGGAACUCAUAGCCGAAGUCAACUCGGAGAAAUACUCCCUUCAGGCAGCAGCCAUUUUGGAUAAAGACGACGUGACUGAAGCUUCUGCUCAGCAGCAGGUCAAAGAUAACUCGCCUCUCUCUGAGCGAUUGGACACUUUCCAUCUCGACCCAUCCCUCCUCGGCAAGCAGCCCAAUCUUGUCCAGUUCCCGCCGGACUUCCAGCCAAUCCCGUGCAAGCCUCUGUUCUUCGACCUGGCCCUCAACCACGUGGCCUUCCCACCGCUGGACGACAAGGUGGAGCAGAAGGGCAAGGGCGGCCUCACCGGCUACAUCAAGGGCAUCUUCGGCUUCGGCAGCUAAAUCGAGGCUUCGCCGGGCCUCGUACCUGAGAGCUGGAGGGAGUCAGAGCUCGAUCUGGACUUGCUCCCUUAAUCCCUUCCCUGUCUGUCCGUCAUGUUCUUCUGAAAUCAGUUGUCCGUGUCCUUCGCUCCGUGACCUGAGAGGUCACAGAUGUGCACGGCGCAGGGUUUACCUGAUUCACCAAAGCUUCGGCAAACACAAUGUGGUUGUAUUGUGUGCGGUGAACAAGGAAAGCGCUUUUGUGUACAGAAAUGUGGCCGUGUAGGUCUGGGAGAGAAGAACACUAGUGUGUGUGUGUAGUAGUGGUAUUGAACUCAUAUUCAUAGUGGGUUCUACCACAUCGUCUAGAUCUGUUUUAUUUAUGCAAGAAGGGCGCAGGGCACAAGGGUUCAGGGGCAAUUUCGGACUAUUCCAAGCUCAAGGGUCCAUGUCUCUUUUCUUCAUUUAGUGCAAAAAAAAAGGUAUUAAUUUAGUAUCCUUUAAAGAAGUUUGUUUCGUUUUAAAAAAACUGACCAGGUUAAAUACACAAGUAAGCCAUUGUUUCACAGCUACAGAAAAAUGUACACUAGAUAUAGAAAACCAGGAAGCGGCAGCUUGUCAGUCUGCAUCUGGAACUGAUAUAACUGGCAUGUUGAUCAUUCAGCAAAACAUGAAAAGGACUCUCAGACCCUGUUCCACCAUCACAGAGCCGGUGCUGGUCCACGGCAUUAAAAAACCAAAACGGAGGAUGGUUUUUUUUUUUUACCAUCUUAAUCAUUAAUCGUUUACAUACAGCUUAAAUAUAGCACUAGGGAUGCAUCGAUAUCUGUCUGUCUGUCUGUCUUUCUUUUUCCUCCCUAGAUCGAAUACUAGUACGUGCAUCGGGGUAUUUCUUGACACAAAUACCAGAAUGAGUAACCUGUAUAGUCAGUAUUAAGCAAUUGAAGCAUAAUGGAAACAGAGCAGUAAAAUCUCUUGUGCUCUCUAUAAAGAGUUAAAUCAAAUAUUCUUACUAAAUGUCGGUUCUGCUCUGCAUGCACAGGUCGAACUCUCUGUUAAAGACGAUAUUUAAACAUUUAUCUGGACGCUUGUGUCCUAGGAAGAUGAUGAAUCCUGAUAGGCGCAGUUUGUCAUCAUUAACUGAAGAAGUCCAGAUGAUUUCUCUUCUUAGCACGGCGAUCCAGGUCAUCGUGUUUUUGUUUAUCUUUCUUUCUUUUUAUAAAGGAGUUAUAAUACCAGUACCGGUAUCGAUGCAUCCCUAAUCACUGCAUUCGCCAGUCCUACGCAGACCACUGAUUUAUGGUUGCGGUAAACAUUUGACAACUAUAUUACUUUUAAAUCCCACCUCAUUUUCAGUUCAUUUUACAUGCUGGAAAUGAACUGAUUUGGUAGCCAGUAGAAGAGCAUUGAAUGAUGCCAGAUCAAUACAGAAAAUCAACACUGGCACCAUGGACAUGGUUAAAAAAAUGUUUGUAUGGAAUGGAGUGUUUUUAAAAUCACUCUCCUCAGUCAUUGUGUGUAAUUUGUAGACCUGUAGAUGAACCGAUAAUCUGUAACAUUUACUUUGGAAAAUCAUUAUUCAUUUUGUACGCAGUUUGCAUGUUCUUUAAUGACUGGUUUCAGUAGAUGACCAGAAGCAGGGAGGAAAUCCUUUUUCCUAGGUUCUAGUAGUCAUACAGGUUCACUCAAUCCUCACGUUUGAGAGCCUCCUGAGGCAACGUAACAUUUCCCCCACACACACACGACAUGACUACUAAGUUUACUGGUCUCUCUCUGGAGCGUGACUAUAGCCAGGUGCUGCUGUCGCUCGUACCGACUCGUACCAAAGCAAACCUCUGCUGCCGUUUUUGCAUCUCAACACUUCAUCUCUACUCGUCUCAUCCGCUAUUUCUAUUUUAUUUUACGUUAUUGAUCAUUUCUGGCUUACUUGUUGUACCCGAUUUAUUUUCGGUUCUUUUUAAUAAUUGUUUUACGGAGAGAAAUGGUGGCAAAGAUAGGAAGACGGAGCUGAACGGCUGAAAUGGUUUUUGUCAGCGAGUUGAUCCAUGAAAUGAAAGUUGGUUUGAGUGCUCCUAAUAAAAAUUUUAAAAAAAGAAAGAAAGAAGAAUAAACUAUAAAUGAAGAA